AUGGCUUCGACAACGGACCCUACAGCUCAGACGGCUCAGAGAGCUAAACAGGAACGCCUCCGAGAGAAUCAAAGACGCAGUCGAGCUCGCCGGCAAGAAUACCUUGUCGAAUUGGAGAAGAGGCUGGAAGACUGCCGCGUCACAUGCCGCGAAGCAAACUAUCUUCGAGAAAGCUUUCAAGAGCUUCAGGCAGAGAAUCAGCAUCUUCGUGAACUUUUGAACCAUGCGGGUAUUGGUCCAGCUCCCUUAAAUUCGUUUUUACGCCGGCUUUCUCAACAAGAAUCUUCCCAUCCAGACAAUAGUGUUCCAGCGAGCACAAACCUACGGCUACUCAAACCGAAGCUCAGUCCUCUCGAUCUGGCCGCAGACGAACAUCAACCUCAUCAUCCGAGCAGUCACGAAAGACAGGUUACUUCGAGUGUUGUUCAGCCCAAUGGAUCAAAUGAUCAAGCUGCCGUGUUUUUGCCAUCCUCAUGCUGCCCUCCAAGAUCCCAGACUUCUACAUCCUCAAGCUGUCCUCCAGGAUCCCAAACUUCUACAUCCUCAUGCUGUCCUCCAAGAUCACAAGCUUCUACUCCUUUGGAGUCGGCACCUGGCGCGCUCGACGGAUUAGGUGUUCAGGACCAACCUGGUCUGGCAGCAGCAUCUAUUGACAAUAUCGAGCACAUUCCGUCUCUAUCAUCAGGGGAUCCUCUAGCGCUUGAUUGGCUUUUUAAUCUCUCAGAUUCUUCUUGGGAGAAUUUUGCAGGACAUUCUGUAGAACUCUUGCUCAAGGAAAAAAUGGAACCGAGCGAGUCAAAUAUCUAA